AUGAGUUUCAGACGUUUGAAAAGCUACUCAGUGAAUGCCAUUGCAGACUUGUUGCCCCUUGAUAGGGCAACUUGUGAAGAAAUGGUGGACUAUGCUAUAACGUUGACGUCUGAAGCUGAGACCCAGAACCAUUUCUUGAAUUUGGUAGGAGACAGCACCGAUGCUCUAGCUUUUAUAGGAAAUUUUUUACGAAUGAAACGAGAAGAAGAACAAGAACAGAAAGAACAAAAUGAAAGGGUCGGCAAACAGAAACCACCUGAGAUUCCCAAAUCCCUGAAGAUUUCAUCUUCAAGUUCUGAGAACGUUUGGAGAGCAACAGGAAAACUAAAUAAAAAGACUUCCACUACAACAUCCCAACUUUUUGGAGAAUCGUCAACUCCAGAAACAAGCAAAAAGUCAAAAAAGAGAAACUUGGACAAUCUAAAAGACAUUGAAAGCGUCUUGAAUGAACUUGAAAUUAAGUCCGACCUGGACGAUACAAGACGGGUGUGCAACUGUAUGGCAACUAGACAUCCGUUGUUUGAAAUUGCGCCAAACUGCUUAAAUUGUGGGAAAAUCAUAUGUACAAAAGAAGGCUUACAGCCGUGUUCCUAUUGUGGAGCAGAUUUGUUAUCUGCCAAAGAUAGAGUAGAUAUCAUGAAUGUUCUCCGACAGGAGAAGACAGAGAUUUUGGGCGUCCAUGAAAGUGAUAAGAAACCAGAGGAAGUUAAGGACGUUCUACCUAAGUCCAAAAGUAAGAAAAUCGUAGUCACCUUGAAUGCUGGUGAAAAUUUGUGGAAGGCUCAAGAUAGAGCCUUGAGACAGGCAGAAGCUGAGAAAAAGAAAGCUCAGCAGCAAUUGGAAGAAUCAAAAGUGAGAGAAAAAGAAGCAGCUAUAGAGAACAUUCAAAUCGAAAGAAGCAAAAUAAAUCCAGACUUAUUGAUGGCGCAAGAAAGACUUGAAACUUUGCUCAAUUUCCAAGCUACAAGUGCAGAAAGAACUAAGAUCAUAGAUAAUGCGGCCGACUAUGAAAUUCUGAGUGCUACCUCAGGAAAUAUGUGGUUGUCUCCCGUGGAAAGAGCACUUCAAUUGAAAAAGCAACAGAAACAAUUGCGGAGACAAAAUGAUAUUCGGAGUGCCAGAACUGGUAGAGGUGAAAGGUCGUUGGAAAUGGUCAUUAAAGAUGGUAAGGUCACCAUGGUAGAAAAGCAGAGAGCUGCAAAGUCACAGGAACAUAAUGAAGACCCUGACAUUUCACAGUUGGAAAACGAAAUAAGAGACUCCAAGAAAAAGGGCGAAUCAGCCAUGAGUAGCUAUGUGUGGGACUUCGAAAGUGACAAGACGAAAUGGGAAAAGCCAGUAUAUACCAGUACCGUUGAAUUUAAAGGGAAUACCCUGGAUAUUUCAAGGUUGAAACCAAGAGUCCAAUUCUCGCAAAUUGAAGGUGUCGAUCUUGUGGUUUCAUUACCUAAUUAG